UGGAAGUAGCUCGCGCAUAUCACCUUCACUUGAAAGAGGAGAGGAAAGGGGGCACUUUAAAAUUCCGCCUCCAAAUCCAAUCCGCUCCAGUUCCAAAUCCCAUCAUUUUCUGUCUCUCUCCCUCCUCUCUUUAUACUAACGAAUCAAAUUACAUACAACGCAAACACAAAUAUAAGAAUUCCAUUCAAACAACACGGAACUCAAAAACCCUAGAUUAUGCAGAUCCAGUAAGAAAAGAGGAACAUUUUUCAAUAAUUAAGACAAAGAAAGACUCUUAACUUUGGUUACCUUGAACCAUCUUUAAUGGCGGAGUUAGGGCAACAAACGGUGGAGUUCUCAACUCUCGUUAGUCGAGCUGCAGAGGAGUCUUAUCUUUCUUUGAAAGAAUUGGUUGAUAAAUCCAAAUCUGCUGAGCAAUCUGAUUCUGAGAAAAAGAUUAAUCUUUUGAAGUUUUUGGUUAAGACCCAGCAACGCAUGCUUAGACUCAAUGUUCUUGCUAAGUGGUGCCAGCAGGUUCCUUUGAUUCAAUAUUGCCAGCACCUGCAGUCUACCUUAGCAAGUCACGAUACAUGUUUUACACAAGCUGCAGAUUCAUUGUUUUUCAUGCAUGAGGGGCUACAACAAGCCCGUGCUCCUAUUUAUGAUGUUCCAUCAGCUAUAGAAGUCCUUCUUACCGGAUCUUAUCAGCGUUUACCAAAAUGUAUUGAAGAUGUAGGUGUGCAGAGCACAUUAACGGAGGAGCAGCAGCAACCAGCUCUGAAAAAGUUGGACACAAUUGUGCGUUCUAAGUUACUUGAAGUUACGUUACCGAAGGAAAUAUCUGAGGUGAAAGUUUCUGAUGGUACAGCACUGCUUCGUGUGAAUGGCGAAUUUAAGGUGUUAGUGACACUUGGUUACCGAGGGCAUCUAUCAAUGUGGAGGAUAUUGCAUUUGGAAUUACUUGUUGGUGAGAGAAGUGGGCUUGUGAAACUAGAAGAAUCACGACGGCAUGUCCUUGGAGAUGAUUUAGAGCGCAGAAUGGCUGCAGCAGAGAAUCCAUUCAUGAUAUUGUAUUCAGUUCUCCAUGAGCUUUGCAUUUCACUUAUUAUGGAUACAGUCAUAAGGCAAGUACAAGCACUCCGCCAAGGAAGGUGGAAAGAUGCAAUUCGGUUUGAGCUGAUAUCUGAUGGCAGUACUGGUUCUACACUACUGAAUCAAGAUGGGGAAACAGAUUCUGUUGGUCUACGAACACCCGGGUUGAAAAUUAUGUAUUGGCUAGAUUUGGACAAGAACUCUGGUACAUCUGAUUCAGGAUCAUGCCCAUUUAUAAAAAUUGAACCAGGACCAGAUCUACAGAUAAAGUGUGUUCAUAGCACUUUUGUUAUAGAUCCAAUAAAUGGUCGAGAGGCAGAAUUUUCCCUUGACCAGAGUUGUAUUGAUGUUGAAAAGUUAUUGUUAAGAUCAAUAUGCUGUAACAGAUAUACGCGCCUGCUUGAAAUUCAGAAAGAGCUGGGAAAAAAUGCUCAAAUAUUUCGUGCUGCUGGUGAUGUUGUACUUCAAUCGUGCAUGGAUGAAGCUGAUGUUGACUACAAAAAGAAAGAAACUAAGACCGGUGAUAGAGAAUUUGAGGGACAGGAAGUAUUACGUGUGCGUGCCUAUGGCUCAUCAUUUUUUACGCUUACAAUAAACAUAAGGAAUGGUCGCUUUCUUCUCAAAUUAUCCCAAAAUAUACUCGCGGCUGAAACUGUGACAGAAUAUGAAGAAGCUUUAAAUCAAGGAAGUAUGACUGCUGCUGAAGUUUUUAUCAACUUGAGAAGCAAAAGUAUUUUGCAUUUAUUUGCUUCUAUUGGCAGAUUUUUAGGCCUUGAGGUAUAUGAACAUGGUUUCACUAUUGUGAAAGUACCUAAAAACCUUUUGAAUGGUUCGACCACAUUGCUAAUGGGAUUUCCAGAUUCUGGGAGCGCAUACUUUCUGCUGGUGCAACUAGAUAAGGACUUCAAACCUCUGUUCCAGUUGCUGGAGACACAAUCAGAUCCAUCUAAAGGUCAUUCUUUUAAUGACUUGGACAAUGUGAUGCGUAUUAAAAAGAUUGAUGUUAGCCAGAUGCUGAUGCUUGAAGAUGAGUUGAAUAUGAGUCUACUUGACAGGGGAAAAUUGAAUGGCCUUUUAGUUAAUGCUCGGGGUUCCAAUCAGACUUCUGAGCACGGCAUACUUUCUGAGUUCAGUCUUGAGGGUCCUAUGCAAACUGUAGGCUGUCCUCCAUCAAGUUUUUCCUAUGUUGUUGAUGAAGUAUUUGAACUUGAGAAAGGAUUGUCUGCACCUUCAUACCCACUUCAGAAUCUUUCUUCUUUCAAUGCAUCUCCUGCUUCUCGUUUUGGCUCAGUAUCAAUGAAUCUUCAUACUGUUAAAGCUGGAAGUCCCUCUCCUAAGUGGGAAGGAGGUCUUCAGGUGUCUCAGAUGAGCAAUAUUGUAAAAGUCUCAAGCACAUCUCCCCAUUAUAAUGGUUCAUUAUAUCCAUCAAACAGCCUGAAAGGCCCUGUACAUUCUGUUUCAUUUAGUUCACCAUCUCCUGGUCUGGGAAGGAAUACAACUAUCAGAAAACUACCAGCUUCAAAAUCUGAUCAGGACUUGGCAUCUCUUAGAUCUCCGCAUUCUGUUGAGGUUGGUUCAACUUCAUCAAUGGAUGAAGAUCAUCUGAGACUGCUGAAUGAUACAUCAAUGGAUGCUUUAUCAGGAAGCAGACCGCCCCGCCUAUUAUCUCCAUCCCAGUCAACUGGUUCUCGAGUCUCCACACCAGGUGCAAAACCCAGUGGUCCUAGAAGUUCCCCUACUGGGCCUCUAGGUGGAUCAAUUAGAGUCCCUGGCACAAGUUCAUUAGCUACCACUCCCGUAUCCCAGGCUGCAGGAGAUAAUGCAAUCUGUCAUUUUCCUGGUCAUAAUGUCUCUAAACAUGAUAAAAAUCCUAGAAAAAGGACGGUGUCAGAUAUGUUGAAUUUUAUUCCAUCUCUCCAGAAUAUAGAUGCACAGGUGGGAUUUGCUAAGAGAAGGAGAACCUCGGAAUCAGUUCACUCUCAGCAGCACUCAGCGAAGAUUCUUAUAUUGCCGGAAAUAGCCUUUAAACAUGAAGGAUACAGUUAUGGGGAUCUUAUUGCUGAAGCAAAUAAGGGGAAUGCACCUUCUAGCAUUUAUGUUUCUGCGCUUCUUCAUGUGGUUAGGCAUUGUUCACUUUGCAUUAAGCAUGCCAGACUAACUAGCCAGAUGGAGGCAUUAGAAAUUCCAUAUGUCGAAGAGGUUGGUCUAAGAAAUGCCUCCUCAAACAUAUGGUUCCGACUUCCGUUUGCCCGAGGUGAUUCAUGGCAGCACAUAUGCUUGCGGCUUGGUAGGCCUGGAAGCAUGUAUUGGGAUGUCAAAAUUAAUGAUCAGCACUUUCGAGAUCUAUGGGAGCUUCAGAAGGGAAGCAGUGGCACUCCUUGGGGCUCUGGGGUUCGUAUUGCCAAUACUUCUGAUGUUGACUCCCAUAUCCGUUAUGACCUGGAAGGUGUUGUACUGAGUUAUCAGUCUGUUGAGGCUGAUAGUAUAAAGAAGCUAGUGGCAGAUAUUCGAAGGCUUUCUAAUGCUAGAAUGUUUGCCCUUGGAAUGCGCAAGUUGCUUGGAGUAAAACCAGAUGAGAAAUUAGAUGAAAGUAGUGCAAACUCUGAUGUAAAAGUGCCAGUUGGAGGCAAAAGUGUUGAGGCUGCUGAUAAGUUAUCUGAGCAGAUGAGGAGGGCAUUUAAAAUUGAGGCAGUCGGACUAAUGAGUUUGUGGUUUAGUUUUGGAUCUGGCGUCCUUGCACGAUUUGUUGUUGAGUGGGAAUCAGGUAAAGAGGGAUGCACAAUGCAUGUCUCUCCAGACCAACUAUGGCCACAUACCAAGUUUUUGGAAGAUUUUAUAAAUGGUGCCGAGGUUGCAUCUCUUUUGGAUUGCAUUCGCCUCACUGCAGGACCAUUGCAUGCUUUAGCAGCUGCUACUCGGCCUGCACGAGCUGGUCCUGCUCCAGGGGUCCCUGGUGGAACAUCAGCUAUUGCUUCUAUGCCGAAACAGGCUGGGUAUGUACAAUCUCAGGGGGGUAAUCCUAGCAGUUCAACUAAUAAUGUUAGUCAGCCAAUUGCCGGCCCUGUGGGAAACACUGUUGCAUCUACUGGUACUGGCCCUCUUGGGAAUCAUAGUCUUCAUGGUGCUGCGAUGUUAGCUGCUGGUGGUCGAGGGGGACCUGGCAUUGUUCCUAGCUCACUGUUGCCAAUUGAUGUCUCUGUUGUGCUACGGGGCCCAUACUGGAUUCGAAUUAUUUAUCGCAAGAAUUUUUCUGUUGAUAUGCGAUGCUUUGCCGGGGAUCAGGUCUGGCUGCAGCCAGCAACACCACCUAAGGAAGGGCCAAAAGUUGGAGGAUCACUGCCUUGUCCACAAUUUCGUCCUUUCAUAAUGGAGCAUGUUGCUCAAGAAUUAAAUGGUUUAGAUCCGGGCUUUGCUGGGGGACAGCAGCCAGUUGGGCUAGCAACUUCUGCCCCCUCAAACCCAAGCUCAGGUUCCCAAUUAGGUGCUAAUGGAAAUAGAGUUAACCUCGCUAGUUCUGCAGCACUGUCUAGAGCAGCAAACCAGGUUGCUGCUCUAAAUCGUGUUGGAAAUGCUGUUCCUGGUUCUUCAAGUUUAGCUGUUGUGAGUGCAGGAUUGCCUAUACGUAGAUCCCCAGGUGCUGGUGUCCCUGCUCAUGUGAGAGGAGAGUUAAAUACAGCCAUUAUUGGUCUUGGCGAUGAUGGAGGGUAUGGUGGUGGCUGGGUUCCUCUUGUUGCUCUUAAGAAAGUUCUUAGAGGUAUUCUUAAGUACCUUGGAGUACUUUGGCUAUUUGCCCAGUUACCAGAUCUUCUGAAAGAGAUCCUUGGAUCAAUCUUGAAGGACAAUGAAGGUGCUCUGUUGAAUUUGGACCAGGAACAGCCGGCCUUGCGCUUCUUUGUGGGGGGCUACGUGUUUGCUGUUAGCGUUCAUAGAGUUCAACUUCUUCUUCAGGUACUCAGUGUAAAGCGCUUUCACCAUCAACAGCAGCAACAACAGCAACAAAACUCUGUUACUUCUCAAGAAGAACUGAUUCAAUCUGAAAUAGCAGAGAUAUGUGAUUAUUUCAGUCGCCGUGUAGCAUCGGAGCCAUAUGAUGCAUCUCGUGUUGCGUCGUUCAUUACCCUUCUCACUUUGCCUAUAUCAGUUUUAAGAGAAUUUCUGAAGCUGAUUGCAUGGAAGAAAGGAAUGACUCAGGUGCAAGGUGGGGAAAUAGCUCCUGGACAAAAACCCCGUAUUGAAUUAUGCCUUGAAAAUCACGCUGGACUAAGUGAAAAUGAUAACUCCGAGAACUCAUCUGCAGCUAAAAGCAAUAUACAUUAUGAUCGGCCCCAUAAUUCUGUUGAUUUUGCGCUGACUGUUGUCCUUGAUCCUGCUCUUAUUCCCCAUGUAAAUGCUGCUGGUGGUGCUGCUUGGUUGCCCUAUUGUGUUUCAGUGCGGUUGAGAUAUUCAUUUGGUGAAAACACCAAUGUAACUUUCCUUGGCAUGGAAGGAAGCCAUGGAGGCCGAGCUUGCUGGUUGCGGAUUGAUGAUUGGGAAAAAUGUAAACAGAGGGUAAUUCGAACUGUGGAAGUAAAUGGAUCUACGACGGGAGAUGUUGCUCAGGGAAGAUUGAGAAUGGUUGCUGAUAGUGUGCAAAGAACGUUACACAUGUGCCUCCAAGGUUUGAGAGACGGUGGUGUUACUGGAAGUUCUGGGGCAACAUGACCAAGUGAUUCUCUGCUUGCAGCAUAGAUCUCUGAUAUACAUGAUGUUAGAUUCUUUCCUUUCUGAUUUGUGUAGAUUUGGCUGUGGCUUUUUUCAGUUCUAGGUUCUACAAUUUUGACGCUGGAGAAACUUGCAGAUAUGGUGAUGUGAUGGGAAACCACGGCCAGAAGAGGUCUUGAGACAGUUUUUUAAGAUAUUGACAAUGUAUGCAGGGCUUUUCUUCUGGUUGUAUUAGCUAAUCUAAUCCUCUGAUCAGUAGUAGCAUGUACAAUAAUUUAAUUUUUGAAGGUAAAGAGGUAUUGUAGCUGUGGCUUUUCCUUUGUACAGAAAUCACACUAACUGAGUGGACAAAUGUUGUAAAAAAAAAAAAAAAGAAAAAAAACGCUCGAGAUUCUGACAAAUGCGUUUUAUCUUCUCUGUUUUAUAGUGUUAAAAGGCAAGUACGACCUUUUUGUGAAAAGAAAUUUAAAUUGGCCAGUUUAAUCCA